GUAGAGGAAAAGAUGCUGGAGCCACAGGAGAAUGGCUUGAUUGACCUACCAGAUUAUGAGCAUGUAGAAGAUGAAACUUUUCCUCCUUUUCCACCUCCAGCCUCUCCACAGAGGGAAGAUGGUGAAGGAGCUGAACCUGAUGAAGAGUCAGGGAGAGGAGCACCUGUUCCUGUACCUCCAAAGAGAACAGUUAAACGGAAUAUACCCAAGCUGGAUGCUCAGAGAUUAAUUUCAGAGAGAGGGCUUCCAGCAUUAAGGCAUGUGUUUGAUAAGGCAAAAUUCAAAGGUAAAGGUCAUGAGGCUGAAGACUUGAAAACGCUAAUCAGACACAUGGAGCAUUGGGCACAUAGGCUAUUCCCUAAACUGCAAUUUGAGGAUUUUAUUGACAGAGUUGAAUACCUGGGAAGUAAAAAGGAAGUUCAGACCUGUUUAAAACGAAUUCGACUUGACCUGCCUAUUUUACAUGAAGAUUUUAUUAGCAAUAAUGAUGAAGGAGAAAAUCAUGGCCAUGAUGUAACUGCUACCCAAUCAGAUCCCUUUUUGACAAACUCAUUGGAAAGUGAGAAUUUUGCUUCUGAGUCAGGUAGAAGCCUAACAGAAGAACAACAACAGAGAAUUGAGAGAAAUAAACAACUGGCCUUGGAAAGAAGGCAGGCCAAGCUGAAUAACAGUCAGUCCCUCGGAAAUGACUUGUUAAUAAACACACCCAGGGCACAGACCAUUGAAGAGGUCAAUACAGGUGAGGAUCAAGAGGAGUCAUUAGAUGGAUUUAACGAAGACAUUCUAGACCAGCCACAUAAUAAUGCUGCUGCCAAUGCUGUAAGUGAGGAGGAGCAAUUAAAAAUGGAGAACACACAACUGGACCAAUCCUUUUAAAAUGUACAGUAGUAACUUUAUGCUUUAUCCAGAAAUGUUACUGAGGUUGGGUAGGCAUCAACUAAGAAAAUCCAUUAACCUGCUAUCCUCUAAGUUUUAGAUUAGUAUGUAUUUUGUCUGCUUGGAGUGAAAAUCCUUAUGUAGUAAGACUUUCACAGAUUCCGGUUUAAAAUAUGGUAUUAUUUAUACUUGUUUCUUACUAACUUUAGUUGAGCC